AUGAAUCAAUACAGCUAUUCGACGCAGGAUCACCGAUCGAGCACUCAAUCGGGUGGAUCAUCGCAACAAGGACAGAACUUUAAUUCGUAUUCGACUUUUCAUCCGACCACCACCUACACAUCGUCCUCCACUCUACCAUAUACUUCGAACACUUUCAUCCCCAGCAAUGGCCAAUCUCAAGCCCCUGAAAUCCGCUUGGUCAACGCAGCUGGAGAACCAACGGAACAACGAUAUGUCCAAUUGAAUCCAUCCGGACAAGAUGACAAAAUUGCCUCCCUCUUGGACUCGUAUUUUCUCGAACAGCCCCAGCAACAGUCGUGGACGCCUCAACAGAGCAGCACCGGUGGACAAAUAGCUUACAGUCAAGGAAUGAUUUCAAAGAAUCAAAUAAACAAGCCAGUCUCACAGGAGAAACUUGACAAAGAGAAGGCCAAACGCAUAAAACAGGCUGAAGCUGCUCGACUGAGAUAUCAUCGUUUAUCCAAUGAGGAAAAACGCGAAUUGAACUUGAAACGAACUCAAGCUCAGAAAAGAAAGCGACAAAGAGAAAAGGAAAUGGAGCAACUUGAAGAAAUUCUACGGCAAAGUAACGAUAUUCAGGAAGAUCCCGAUAUUACCGAGCAGUUGCGGGAGAAACGUUUACGAGCCAAAUGGGCUGAAGCUGCCAGAGCAAGAUAUCAACGUAUGACUCCCGAUGAAAGGAGAAAUCACAACAAUCGCCGUCGGAUGCGUCAAAUGCAACACGCGCUCCACCAAGCCAAGGAGCAUGGCGAACUUACGGGAGAUCCCUUGAAAGAUGAAGACGCCAUCAAACGACAAAUUAAGGCAAUGAAUGCGAAGAAAGCUGAAGCUGCACGGCAAAGGUAUCAUCGAAUGACAGAAGAGGAAAAACGAGUCUACAAUCAGCGGCGCACAGAAGCUUUUAGACGUCGCAGAAUGGAGGAAGAAAUGCUUUUGGCAAUGCCGAUUGGUCGUAUCAACGGUGAAGCCCUGGAUCGUGCUCAACAAAUCGUCGUGAGGAAUGCUAAAAGAGCCGAAGCCGCUCGCCUACGAUACCAAAGAAUGACUCCUGAACAAAGAAAGCAAUACAAUCAAAAGCGCUACACGCCAAAACGAACCAAGGGCGGUUCAGUUGAUGGAAGCAAUGGCUUGGGAAGUCAGAAGAAGCAAGGUCAACAAUUCGAUGAAAAUUAUGAUGUUCUCUCUUCGAUUGAACGUGAUGUGUUGAAGCGGACCCAACAGGCACAGCAAGUUCUGUUGAGGCAACAAAGAGCAGCUCAGAUAAACGGUGGGCCGGGUCCUUCAACUCCAACAUAUGUCAUUGCUAGCCAAGGCUCUUCUGUCCCCGCUCAAGGACAAGUUGUGCAACAGAUUGUACAAAAUGGGCAAGUUGUUCAUCAGGUGCAAAGUCCAGCCGUUGUUCAAGUUCAAGUGCCAUCUACGGUGUCUGGCGGCCAUCAAAUUACGCAUACUGUUGUUAAAACCCAAACCCAAGGAUCUCAAUCAAGUCAAGGAGCACCGUCUCAAAUCCAUCGACAGCCAGGCCAACAGCCAACCUAUCAACACCAUCAAAUCAUCUCGAAUCCAUAUGGCGGUGGAAGACAA